AUGAACAUGUUUACGAGCCUCUAUCGAAGGGCCUGCGACGAGUCCGACCCCAACUCCGACGCAUGCGCCAAACCCACCAGCAACGUUCUUCUCGAUGCCGUACCAGCGGCAGUAGUAGGAGUUAUGCUCAUUAUCGCCGGCACCGUCUUUUUCUACAUUGCGCGAAAACGACGCAGACAGUUCGACGCCGAAGAAGCCAAAGAACGCGAAUCCUUUGAGAUCGAUAUUUAUGAACCUACCGCGAAAAAUCAUCGUCCCAACCCCGCCGGCCAUGCUGACCCCUUCAAUGAUCCGCACGGGUUAAGCCGUGAUCCCGAUUAUAAUGAAUUCUCAUUAGCUGCUCCACAAUCGAGGCGAGACCGGUCGCCUUCUAAAUCCUCCAUUGCUACCGAGUCAACCUACAUGCCCUCGGCGCCACCGCCAGCAUAUCAUGAAGGGAAUACUGGUGCUACAGUGAGUAGGCCAAGUGAUACAAAGGUAUAG